AUGUCUCGUUCAAGAGCGCCCCUUGCCAUUGGCCUCGCAGCUGCGGGUGGCGUCGGCUACUACCUCUACUCGGCCGGUGGCUCACCGCGCGCAGCCGAGAAGCAAUUCGAGAGUGAUGCGCACCACGUCGCAGCGAAGAUCAAGGGCGAGGUACCGCAUCGCUCCACAAACUUGGAGCAGGAGGGCCGCAAGGCGGGCAAGGAGCUCGGUGCCAAGGUCGACAAUGCCGUCGAAACCGUGAACCGAGACAUUUCCAAGGCUAGGAGCGAGACUGAGGCAUACGCAAAGUCUGCCAAGGCCGACACCCUUAAGAAGAUCGACGAGUUCGACCGCAAGGUGGAGGACGGCGCUGCCAAGAGCAAGAGCUACGUGUCGUCGUGGUUCGGUAGCAAGUAA